AGAAGCGGAGCGACUUACAUGACGGAACGGAGCCGAGGAUCCUCCCGCCCCCACCCCAAUUCUUCCGCCCCAAGUGGCUCCGGCGGUGGAUCAGCUGACGGGAAGAUGGAGCGCGCGCGGAGAGACCUGAGUGAGGUUUACUCCAGACUGCUCGACCACAGGCCCGUCGUCCAAGCUGAAAUCCGAUACUUUGUUAAGGAGUUUGAGGUGAAGCGUGGCUUCCGAGAACAAAGAGGGCUGGAGAACGUGAGCAGUACAAUAGAGGAGCUAGGCGGCCACUCCAUUCCAAACACCUGUGAGGCUCUGCAGAGUGACAUUGCCACCGUUCUUCACCGAUUGGAAACUGCAAACCAGAUUGCAAACAGGAUCCAACAGAAAGAACAGGAGGCAGAUCAGACUGACCGACUGCAAGCCAGUAGAGAGAGGCGCAAGGCUGAAUGGGAGGCCUUUGUGAAAGAGCAGCACCACAAAGCUGCAGAGGUGGAGGCAGAGCACACACAAGCAGCUGAUUGGCUGACGCAACAGUAUGCGGAAAUGGAAAAGGACUUGGCAAAGUUCAAAACGUUCUGAGUGGUCGUCAAACUCAGACUCACCUUUUGGAUGUGAGAUUGGUGCUCGACGCUAAACCUGAAAACUGCAAGAGAGGAAAGUGAAGUGAAGUUAUUCCAUUGUGGAAUUACUUUUAAGAAUGGGUGCAAUACUGACUUCUGUUGUGUUUAUGGUGGCUGAAGGAAAUUAUACGGCAAGUUCUCCAACACACUGGAACAGUGGACUUGUAUACAUUUACAGACCAGCUAUGCAAGCACUGUGUGACAUUAUUUCUAUAAAAAUCUACAACCAC